AUGAACCUAGAGAAGAGGAAGAACAGAGGCCCAAAACAUAUCAGGCCAGACCCAGAGAUGAUGAAAGGGAGAGGGCCCAGUCAAGAGAACACCCAACCCAAGAGGAUAGUAGCAGUCAGAGCCAUACAAGGGACUCUCCACACAGAGAUGAUGAAAGAAGGAGGCCUCAGCCAAGUGAACAUGAACCCAGAGAAGAGGAAGAGCAAAGGCCCAAAACAUAUCAGGCCUGGCGCAGAGAUGAUGAAAGAGAGAGAGCACAAUCAAGAGAACCCACAACCCAAGAAGACAGUAGGAGUCAGAGACGUACAAGGGACUCUCCAUACAGAGACCAUGAAAGAAGGAGGCCUCAGCCAAGUGAACAUGAACCCAGAGAAGAGGAAGAACAAAGGCCUGGAACAUACCAAGCCAGACCCAGAGAUGAUGAAAGGGAAAGUGCCUAUUCAAGAGAACUCCCAACCCAAGAGGACAGUAGGAGUCAGAGACGUACAAGGGACUCUCCACACAGAGAUGAUGAAAGAAGGAGGCCUCAGCCAAGUGAACAUGAACCCAGAGAAGAGGAAGAACAAAGGCCUGGAAUAUAUCAACCCAGACCCAGAGAUCAUGACAGGGAAAGGGCCCAUUCAAGAGAACCCCCAACCCGAGAGGAUAGUAGGAGUCAGAGACGUACAAGGGACUCUCCACACAGAGAUGACGAAAGAAGGAGGCCUCAGCCAAGUGAACAUGAACCCAGAGAAGAGGAAGAACAAAGGCCUGGAACAUAUCAAGCCAGACCCAGAGAUCAUGACAGGGAAAGGGCCCAUUCAAGAGAAACCCCAACCCGAGAGGAUAGUAGGAGUCAGAGACGUACAAGGGACUCUCCACACAGAGACGAUGAAAGAAGGAGGCCUCAGCCAAGUGAACAUGAACCCAGAGAAGAGGAAGAACAAAGGCCUGGAACAUAUCAAGCCAGACCCAGAGAUCAUGACAGGGAAAGGGCCCAUUCAAGAGAACCCCCAACCCAAGAGGAUAGUAGGAGUCAGAGACGUACAAGGGACUCUCCACACAGAGACGAUGAAAGAAGGAGGCCUCAGCCAAGUGAACAUGAACCCAGAGAAGAGGAAGAACAAAGGCCUGGAACAUAUCAAGCCAGACCCAGAGAUGAUGAAAGGGAAAGGGCCCAUUCAACAGAACCCCCAACCCGAGAGGACAGUAGGAGUCAGAGACAUACAAGGGACUCUCCACACAGAGACGAUGAAAGAAGGAGGCCUCAGCCAAGUGAACAUGAACCUAGAGAAGAGGAAGAACAAAGGCCUGGAACAUAUCAAGCCAGACCCAGAGAUGAUGAAUGGAGGAGGCACCCGUCAUGCGGACCUGAAUCCAGAGAAAGUGAGAGAGCCCAGUCUCAAGCCCAUGACCGAAGAAGCCGUGAUGAGCCAAGAAGUCAACAUUAUGACCCCAGAUCCAGAGACAGAGAGCAGAGCAGAUAUUAUUAUUCCUCUGAGAGUAAUCCAAGAGAGCGUGACCAGAGCAGGCCUCUAG